AACACAACGACAAGGAAACUUAACAGGAUUUUGAAACUCUGUUCAGAUCUGAGGUUCGAGCUCAGCCUGACCCCUCCUGUGCAGCGAAAAACUGGCCAACUUGUUCUGUCAGUUUCAAGUGAAAAUGCUCUGGAGAUUGUCUCUUGCCGUGGCUCUGGUGUGCGUCGGUGGCAUUUGCAACUGUAUGAAGGCUGACCUGAUGAGCCGGUUGAUCAUGCCGAGGGACUACGGGGUGAAACUGUGCGGGAGAGAGUUCAUCAGAGCAGUCAUUUUCACCUGCGGCGGCUCCCGGUGGAAACGAUCCACAGAGGGGGACAGAGAUCCCUUCCAGUGGAGUUCCCUCAGUGACGUUACAGUGGAGGACAACCAGCACACCUGGCAAUCUGGCCAAGAGCUCACAGCAGAUAACCUUUCUCCUCUCAGCAUCGGCUCCUCUUACUCCCUGGCAGACCUCCUGGCUAUUUACAGAGGCGGGCGAGCCAGGCAGCAGCAGCAUCCGUCGCUGACUGACUUGGCCCUUCAGCCACUAACAGUUUUAGGCGAGCAAGACGGGAACCGAGCAGCAGCUGACGGGCCCAUACCGAGCAAGAAGAAGAGGAACUUUUCUCUGGGUGUGGCAGGAAAGUGCUGUAACCAAGGCUGUACCAAGAAUGAUAUCGGACGCCUGUGCUGAGGCAGGAACGAGUGGGGAAUUUUAAGAUUAAAUAUUUUCUUUAUCAUCCUCACUUGAUAUUUUGUUUUAAAAAAAAUCAUGUCAUGUUCUGUAAAUCACUCUUUCCGCAACACUGAAAAUAAAUUUUAAAUACUGUGUUAAUAUGAAAUGUUGAGCCGUAUCAUAUGUUGUCUUCCACACAAAACAGCAUCCAUGUUCCAUAUCACACUAUUCUACUAAACUAUGGUUAUACCAGCAGAGGCCAUUAUAGCACAUUAAUGUAAUUUAGGCUGCUGUGAACUUAUUGCUGGCCUCCGUUCACAACAUUACGUCUGCCAGAUCAUUUUCUGUUCACACCCUGAGGACACUACUGCAAAAGAGCAGAUUUCCUUUUUUUUAACCCUUAAUGACACAGUUAUAACAAAUAAAUACAUUUAAACACUUGAACAAAACCCACACUUUCAUCUUUUGUCUAAAUCUAGAUAUCGAAAUAAAUACUAUAAGCUGUUUGACUGUAUGUACAAUAAUA